UAAUGUAGUUGAAAGAUCGCCAUUUGUAAGCGACAGGCAAAACAAAAGUUGAAUUUUGUAAAAGUUAACAAGAACGUAUUAAAAGUGAUGUUUUUAAAAGAUUUAUUUUCGUUUAAUUAGUAUAAAAUAUCGGCUUAAUAAAAUGCCUACAUCGUGUAGUGUAUAUGGUUGCAAUAAUAGGUACUCGAAAGAGAAAAAGUUUCAAUUUUUUACAUUUCCAUUCAAGAAUGAACAUAGACUCGCAGCUUGGAUAACGGCUGUUAACAGAAAAGAUUGGAAGCCAUCUAAGGCAAGUAGAAUUUGUAGCGCACAUUUCAAGCCGCAAGAUUUCUUGCAUCGUCCUGGUACAGCUUGGUAUCCAUAUAUCAGACGUUUAAAGCACGAUGCUGUUCCAUCUAUAUUUUCAAACUAUUCUAAUCAUUUGGAAUCGAGCAAGUCGGAAUUAGAAAAAGAAAAGUUUGUGACAUCUGUUAGAAAAGAGUCCAAAUGUUCUAACGAACUAAAACAAAGUUUUGACGAUCCACAAUUAUAUUCUAAUGGAUUAAACAAAGUAACUUUAGAAGUAGAAAACAACGAGGAACAAAUGGAAGUUGAUUUUACAGAUUUGGAGAAAGAUUUAAUAAUCGACGAAUUACAACAUGAAAUUCAUAUAUUGAAACAACAAAUAAAUAGAAAGGAUACAAAGAUAGAACGUAUGAAAGAAUUGAUAUCACGUUUGCAAGACAGAAGAAUCGAUAAUUUUUUUUGGAAAUUACUAAAAGAUAACAGAGUGUACAUUCUUACUCCACAAAGACGUUAA